AGAAACUCAGAAGAGAUGCCAACUCAGUACCUUCAGGUUCUUGGAAAGCCCUGGUGUCUCCAUGGAGACAGGAACGGAUUUCACAGACAUGACGUCGCAGCCCGGAGCCUGAAGGUGGACGGCAACUUCCGGUUCCUGCUUGCUGACUUAGAAGGCGAAAGGGAGGAAGCGGUGGGGCCGUUUUGUGAUUCUCCUGCCAGUUCCAUUACUCAUCUUACAAUGAAGAAAACCCUGCGGAAAAACCAAGGCGAGCGUUACCGCCUAAAGUUCCGACGUCUGUGCCGUGCAGCCAAAGUGCUGGUUUAUGAGAAUGCAGCCCUGUGUGAUGAGAUUGCCAGACUGGAGGCCAAAUACCUCCGUGUGCGUGAAGAGCGCCGGUUCUUGUUGGCUCGCCUGCUGCAGGCACAAGCCCUAGCAGAAGAAGAGCCUCCUGUGCCAUCUGUCACUACAGUUUCGCAGCCCUCGCCAGAGGAGAUGGUCAUCCGCAAACCACGCCGGGAACGCAAAGGCAAAGAGAAUGGGCGGGCAUCAAAGCGCAGGGUGUCAUCUGAGCUUGGCAUUCGCAGGCUAGUUCCGCCGCUUCCCUUGGAUCCUUCUGGCCGGCCAGUUUUUCCUAUCACAUUGGGUCCGCUGACCGUCUACAGCUUGGGUGAAAUUGUCUCUGACCGUCCUGGUUUCCAUACAGAAAAUGCCAUCUACCCUGUGGGAUAUUGCAGCACCAGGAUCUUCGCCAGUACACGCCGGCCUGUUCACCGCUGCCUCUAUACUUGCCAGAUCAAGGACGGUGGUACUGGGCCACUCUUCGAGAUCGCCCCUGAAGAUGAGCCUGGCUGUGUAGUCACUGGCUCCACUCCGGACUCCUGCCACACUCAACUCCUUGAGGCUGUGGGUGCUGCCCAACUGGAGCCAUCCGGUGCUGAGUUCUUUGGGCUCUCCCACCCAGCCAUCCAGCACCUCAUCCAGAGCUGCCCUGGAGCACGGAAGUGCACUGGAUACCGCUGGUUACGCUUCGAAGUAUGCCGUCCUGCAGACGGGGCCCCUCCUGAGGGGUUGCCUUCAGGAAAUCCUGGAACAGACUUUGAGGCAUUCCAAAACCAAGGCUUGGCAGGUCCAGUGGGUCUGGACUUCCCUGCUGCCACCCCUUCUCCACCCAGUGGCAACGGCUAUGCGGAACUGUUCCUGCCAUGUGCUGCUUCGGGAGGGUCCCCUAUUCCCCAAAGCCCAGAAAGUGACACUGACUUAUCUGGAUGAGCCACAAACCCAUGCAGAACUUCAAUUGGAGACCAGCAGUGUGGAAUAAUGUUUAACUGUCAUGACUCAGUUUUAUGGAAUUUGGGAUUAGUAGUUUGGUGAGGGAUUUUUACGUUUUCUGCUAGAAAGCUCUGGUAUUCUUAUUCAGGCGUGUAGAAUACAAAUCCCAGGAUUGUGUAGGAAGACACUCUUGACAGAUAAAGUGGUCUCAAAUUUGAAAGUACAGAUCAACUCCAGGAAGGGUCUGUUCCCUUAUAUAUACCAGUUGCAAGUUUCCCUGUUACUUGCCCUUUCAAUGUUGUUUGGACUGCAGCCCCAGACAUUCUUCAACACUGCCUAGAGCUGAUGGAAGCUAUAAUCCAACAACAUCUGGAGUAGAAACAAAGUGACCAUCCCUUCAUUGUUCGUAUUGAACUCCUAUCAUAAAGUUCUUGGACCAUCCUCUUGUAUUUCAAAAUUUAAUGUGAAGUUAUCUCUUAUAUUAUUCUGAGCCAUCAGGUCAUAUGUAGAUCAGGAAGGGAUCUACACAUAUCUUUCACACCGGCUCUUGAAAUUAGUACUUUGCAUGAAUAUUUUAUCAGUUUAACUGUUGUUGUUGGUUUUUGCCUAAUCCCAGAGUAAAAUACCCUUUGUAAAUCAGCCCCUAUACAAUAGGGCUAGUUCUGAGUUUUUGUUAGGAAAUUGAGCAGUGUCAUUUUCACUAGGCCUCCUCCAUUGUCCAACCUGCCUUCUCACUGCCAUUGCCACAAGCUGCUGUUGUGCCUCAUCUUCACUUUCAUUGUUGCCUCUUUGCUUGGCUGGCAAGGAAUCAGCCAGUGAGCGGGCAACUUCUCACCAUCAUUAUUAUAGGAGUUGGAAAUAUUUCUCCUUUGGACUGCAAUUAUCUUAUGGGGCAAAAAGGUGGUUUUACAUGAAAGUUGGUAGUGACUAAACAACAGAAUAUCAAAACUAAAUGUUUUAAUACUUUACGUUGUUAACAGACUUGUGCAUGAGACUUGGCCAUGGAGACUUUUUAAAAUAAAAGCUUUGAAAAUCA